CUCUCUUGGCUUUCUUUGUGAAAAUUGUUUGUCUAUUAUCUGUUUCUUUCGUGUGAGCACUGACCAAUUUGAAACCAUGAGCGCACCAAAGCCAACUAAAACUAACCCACAUAAGUACCUCAAGAUUGUGAAGAACAAACUUCGAAACAAACGUGACAUUUAUGUUAGGUUUCUUCAGGUCAUGACGGCUUACACAGCUCAUAGAAUUGAUCCGAAUGGUGUAAAAUCUGUGGUGAAAGAACUCUUCAAGGAGGAUCAAGAGCUGAUUUCGGGUUUCAAUACAUUCUUGCCAAAGGGUUUUGAGAUAACACUCAACUGUGAACAAACUCCACCAACAAAUUUUAUUGAUGUUGAGUAUUCGGAAGCUCUUGAUUUUGUCAGAAUGGUUAAGUCCAAGUUUGGUGACAAAGUAACCGCCGGAAAUUGCAGAGAUUUAGAGGAGUCGGUGGUUGUUGAUCGGAAUCGUGUUGCGGAAGCAUUGACGAGGAGAGGACAGAGUGUAAGAACGUGGGAUUGAAUCAACUCGCUCUAGUUUGAUGCCAUGCGUGUUCAUGGGGAAGAACGUGAAACACAGUGAAUCUGGUCUUCCUAAUUGAGUUGAAUUUGUAACGGAUUGGAAUAAAAAGAGAGUUUGAUU